AUGUUGCAGGGUGCUGAGACGUCUCACAACAACCUGCCGUUUCCCUACAAGUUCUACAGUCGCAUAAGGAAACACACGGUGGAGUCCCAGCUGAUUUUCAUCAGAGACAGUCUGGAGCUGAUUGAAGAUCUCUAUCACCAUAACAACCGCUCCUCCGUCGCCUGGGAUACGAAAAAGACGGACGAGUUCCUGAUGACGGUGUACAGACAGAGGGACGAGAUCUCCCACUGUAUCUUGACGAGGAGGAGAACCGGACAAUGGCUGAAGAACUACUACAAGACACUUAAGAGUACUCUGGAUGACAUGGGAGGCAGCAGUGCAUCCUGGGAGAUGAUCCGGAAUGUGACUGACGACCACCUGUACCGGCUGAACCUGCUGGUCCACUUCAUGUUGAAAAAGCAGAAGAACUGA